GCCCUGCUCCUCCAGGAUCGCUGCCAUGGUGCUGAAGGUCUUCUUCCCAUCGUGCUGCUCUUCAGCAGACAGUGGCAUUUUGAUUGGCCACUGGAUCUCCCAGCAGAGCUCUGCUGUUGUCCUGGCUGUGCUCCACUUCCCUUUUAUCCCUGUCCAGGUGAGGAAGUACCUCAGUGAAGUCCAACGAGCAACUCAGGUCAGCGUUUCUGUGCUCGGCUCAUGGACCAACAGCAAACAGGAGAAGGAGGAGAGCCUCAGUCAGUUCCUAGAAGACCUUGGGACGUUAUUCUCCCACGAGCUGUGGAUCCAGAUAAGCAAAGAGGGAGACAGCAAAUUCUGGAGCUGUUCUGCCCUUCAGAAACACUGCAGCCAGCCUAAGGAGGAGGAAAUCAUCUUGGUAUACUACGAGCAGCGCCAAGUGAUGCUGUGCCACCUGCAUCCCCCUCUGCACACAGCUGCCUCUGCUGAGCAAGGGACAGCUGAUGCCUCAAAGCUGGCUGCUAUCUUUGACACAGUUGCAAAGAGCAAGGUGCUGUUCAUGACAGACAGGUAUGAUGAGGGCCCCAUCAAGCUGACCCACUGGCAGUCGGAUGGGGUGGAAGCCAGCAUCAUCGUGGAGCUGCUGAAGCAGGCCUCUGUGCCUGCCUGCAUGCUGCUCACCUUCCUGCUCUCCCUUGUCUCCUGGAUCUGCAGGAGCAGGGUGCUGAAGUUUUGGCCUUUGUGUUUCUUCUGGAGCAAGCUCUCAACCUGUGAGCAGCUGGGACAUCGCCUGCAGCACCUCCAGGUCAUCAGCAGCAACAAGAAGGCUCAAAACCAGCCUCAGCUAAUGAGGAAAGCCAACAUCUUUGUGUCCCUGCUGCUGGAUGUGGCUCUGGGGCUGCUGCUGAUGUCCUGGCUCUACAGAAAGAACAGAAUUGGGCACCUUGCUGACACCCUCAUCCCUAUGGCUGAUCACGUAGCUGAAGAGCUGCAGGAGCUGCUGCAGUGGCUGAUGGGGGCCCCAGCUGGACUCAAAAUGAACCGAGCCUUGGAUCAGGUGCUGGGACGCUUCUUCCUCUACCACAUCCACCUCUGGAUCAGCUACAUCCACCUGCUGUCCCCCUUCAUUGAGAUGAUCCUGUGGUACGUGGCUCUGUCAGCCUGCCUGGGCCUGACUGUAGCUCUCUGCAUCCUCUCCGACAUCAUCGCCCUCCUCACCUUCCACAUCUACUGCUUCUAUGUCUAUGGAGCCAGGCUCUACUGCCUGAAGAUCUAUGGCCUGGCGUCUCUGUGGCGCCUGUUCCGCGGCAAGAAGUGGAACGUGCUGCGGCAGCGCGUCGACUCCUGCUCCUACGACCUGGACCAGUUAUUUAUUGGCACCUUGCUGUUCACCAUCCUGCUCUUCCUCCUGCCCACAACUGCACUCUAUUACUUGGUGUUCACCCUGCUGCGUUUGCUGGUGGUGAUUGUGCAAGGCCUGCUGCACCUGCUGGUGGAUCUGAUCAACUCCCUGCCCCUCUACUCACUCCUCCUUCGGCUCUGCAGGUCCUACAGGCUCGCAGCUGGUGUGAAGUUCAGAGUCCUGGAGCAGCAGGAUGGAAAACCUCUCCGACUGCUCAUGCAGAUCAAUCCUCUGUCAUAUGGCAGCGUGGUACAGACCUACAGGCUGCCAACCUACAGCUGCUACCCUAAGGACUCCUGGGCAUCCCUCUGCAAGAAGCUGUUCCUUGGGGAGCUGAUCUACCCUUGGAAGCACAAAGGAGAGAAGCAGGACUGAAGGCAGCAGUGAAGCUUGGUCAGCAAACCAUGUUGGAUCCUCCUGCCUUUGGACCAAAGCCUCACCUGAGCCCUGAUGCCUGCCCUUAGGGGCUGGGCAGGAGGUGGGG